UACUGACAUUCCCGGAAUAAAUUAAGACAAAUCUAUAUGGCUACUGGUCGUACUUUGUGGUGCGACGGUGAACUGGAGUCGGCAUGUCGGAGGACUGCUGGGAGGAUCGCGGCGAGUAGUCCGACUCGGACUGGAUGUACAAGCCACUGACGUUCGAUGAAGCAGCGGACAUGAAUGAGCGGUUGUCGUCAUCGUCGCCCUCAGCGUAUGAGUCGCCAUCGUCGUUGUAGCUCGACCUGUGGUGGCAAGGAGUGGAGCUGUAGGACACAGAUGCAUGACUGUGGAUGUCACUAGAGUCGGCUGCAUCAAAGCAUGGCACGGGUUUCGAUCCGUCUUGAUUGGGAACGCCGUUUUCGCGCUGCGUGUACUGGUAACUCGAAAAGCUUGAGCUCGAUUCGCCGGUCAGAAAGAUGUCCGGGACGUCGCUGUGCAGCAUCAUUUGGUCGCUAGGCGACCGCAUGAACAUGGGUGCAGUGUCAUCGUCGUCUUGUUCGGACGUCACGACGAGUUGCGUGAAGACUGGAGGUUGGUUCUUCUGGCUCGGGGAUCGCCACGUGAAGAAGACCGAGUCGUCGACGUCCAGGGCAAUCGAGUGAGGGUCGUCCUGAACAUGACCAACGGCAGGGUUUGCACUGUGUCGGAUGCCAUCGUCAUUAGAGCUCCAGGACGACGGACGAGUUUGAUGGGUUUGCUGCGAUUGCUUUCGCUCUACUUUCGGCGGAAUGAAGUCGUCCAACUCGACCUCGUCGUCGUCGUCUGCGAGUUCUUCCAUUCGACGGCGACGGACGAGCCACACAGCGCCGACUGCAAGUCCAAUGCCGGCAAAAAUCGCGCCGAUCGUUGCGACCACACCGACCGCGUUCGAGCUCUCGGAAGUCUCAUCCGACGUGGUGUUUUCGGUCGGAGAAGGAGUUCUCGAACGUUGUUUGCCUCCUGAGCCUGGCGUGGCAUCAGGAACAGUAUCGUCCAAGGGUGGUUCUAUCGUGAAGACUUCGGGGGAUGUAAUCGUUGGGAUGGGCGCUAAGGUCGCCGUAUUGUCAGUAGUCGAGGGGGUUAAAGUGGUUGGCGACGGCGUGGGCGUCACUGGCGGUGGAGCAGUGGUGGACGGCAACGUAGUGGUGGGGUUGAUAUGGGUAGUCGUGACGGGAGGGGGCGGGGUUUGCGGCGACACAGUUGGAUGUGGUGUUGGCGGAGCAACAGAAGAAGUCGUGGGCGAUGGACGCGGAGGAGCGGAUGUAACCGGUUGGGUCGUGGCAGGGCUAUCUGUGGGAGGUGGUGAUGGUUCAGUCGUUGUGACGAUAGGCGUGGAUGAGUUGUCGUUGAGCUGUGCAUAAGAACCUUGGAGGACAGCGAGGAGCACGAGCAGGACGGCGCUGGUCCGGAGCACCAUCCUCUCGGCGUGCAUCGGG